AUGUACCGACACUCGGUCCUUGCUGGUACAUUGCAUUACAUUGAUCCGGAAUACCAUCGAACCGGAACGAUUAGACCAAAAUCGGAUCUUUACGCGUUUGGCAUAACCAUUCUUCAGCUGUUGACGGCUCGUCAGCCGGGGGGGCUUGUACCAGCGGUCGAAAACGCGGUAAAGAAAGGAACGUUAACCGAAAUGCUAGAUAAAUCGGUUACCGAUUGGCCUUUGGCAGAAACCGAAGAGUUGGCUCGGAUUGGUUUAAAAUGUGCGGAAUUUCGAUGCCGAGAUAGACCGGAUCUUAAAUCGGAAGUUAUACCGGCUUUGAAACGGCUUGUGGAGACAGCCAAUUCGAAAACAAAGAAAGAAGGAAGCAAUUUACGAGCACCUAGUCAUUACUUCUGUCCAAUCUUACGGGAGAUAAUGCAGGAGCCAGAGAUAGCAGCAGAUGGAUUCACGUACGAGAAGCAAGCGAUCUUAGCGUGGCUCGAGAAACAUAACAUUUCACCAGUGACUCGACAAAAGCUCGACCACUUCAAGCUCACACCAAACCAUACACUCCGGUCUGCGAUUCACGAUUGGAAAUCAAGAUUCCGGUUUUCUAAUGACAUUGUCAAUAUAACUGGCUAAUUUCUCUCGUUGGAGAUUUUCUGUAAAAAAUUUUAGUUGAAUUUGCAGUAAAUAUUCUCAUAUGCAUGUAAACAUAUGGUUUGUAAAUUGUAGUUUUAUGCGAUAAGACCAAAAAAGAGAGUUUUGUGGUUUGGAUCAUGGUUGUAAAUCCACAAAAAUGGAAAAUUUAGUUUGUUGAAGUA